UUGCGAUUGGUCGUCUCAUUUGAAAUCAGCCAAUCGUGUUACACGCCAAGGAUGUGACGUAUCGUUCAAACCGCUGUGUAUAUCGAGUUGUAACCGCGGUCGCCAUACCAUGCGACUAGUUCGGUACUGACAAUUUCCUUUUUAAAUAUGUUAAAACAGUGUUUGAGAAACCGUUCUCCUUGCUCGCAAAGGGAAAACUUGGAAGGUGAUAACGUUGUGAAAGUGAACGUAGAAUUAUGAUGAAGCGACAAGUGAUAUUCUUCUGAAAAUUGAAACCUUGAACCUGCACCCUGUCGAUUAGAGGUUGGAUACGACAGUUACAGUUUAAACCUGAUUAUGUAUUCUACGCAAAAACAGGAACAGGUAGCGUCGAAGCACGUGCGUCAUUUCCGACAAGUCCACGGUGACGAGGAAAACAGCAAUUUGUAAAAACCGGAACUUUUACGUUACCGGCUGCAUGUAAGACCAGCGUUGCAAAAACGUUGAAGAAGAAAAUGACGAACAAGCAAAAGAAGAGAACGCAAAGAAACGCUCGGGCUCGAGAGAGAACUAUAGGUGGCAGGGACCGACGCGAACAGUUGGUUAUUAGUAACAUAUCCGGCGAUAGGUAAAUCGUGAAUCGCGAAUGGUGAAUGGUGGAUGGGUGUGAAAUUAACGGGCGUUACUCGAUUGGUCUGGUAAUCGUCGAUGGCCGAUAAUCGAGCGGCUGGACAGGUUUCGCGGGAGUUGUAUCGCCAUUACCAAUGGUAACUGCAACCGGGAGAAAGGGUAUCGAGUGCCACCGCGAGAAUUCGAUACGCCAUUUUUCCAUCGACGGUCGUUCGAGCUUUCAAGUUGAAGACCAACCUCGAUUCCCGUCGAGAGUACGUCGAGCGAUCGACGCUCGCAAAUAUUAAACGUAUCUAGGCGAAAAAAGCCGUUCACGCAGACGACUAACCGGUCUUUCCGUCUCUAUUUGCCGGCAACAAAAAUCCAUUCAGGAAUAUCGCUGCCAAGUAUCCCGACGUCGAUGCAAUUAAUAUGUCGUAAUGUCGGAUAUGCGCGAGAGGGAAUUACUCUUUUUCUUUUCGAGGCGAGCCGCGAGCGAUAUUCUUUUAUUAUAUUUCACGGGGAAGAAAGAUGUCUGUGUUGGCGAGGCUCGAAUCGAUGUCGAUCGCCGGUUCCGUUUCUUUGCGCUUCUUCGGAGCGAGAGGUUCGUCGAGCGUGACACUGUUUUCGCGGAACCUAACGCACAAGAGAACCCGGGAGGUUGUGUGACUCCUCCGAGUACACCAUUUGAAAGGAACGUAAAGUCGAGGUUGGGCAAAACAAGCGUCGAUAACCUACUAAACGGCACGUUUCGAAGUAGAAGAUUUACUGGAAUAAAAUGUUUGUUAAAACAAGCGUGGCGAUCGUAGAGGCAUCAUCUGUGGCGCAAGAUUUUGUAUCGAGGCCUUGGUAGCUGACGUGUUAAGGUUUGUUGGUUCGGGACACGACGAUGUGGGACAAAUACGAGACGGUAUCGCGAAGAGGAGAGGUUCUGCGACGUGCGAAAUGACGGCGAAUUAUUGUGCCGAGGAGGAAGAGGAGCCACAAAGGAUAAAAGGGUGAACAAGAGUGGGAGAGGGACGCGCGGCGGUAGAGGGGCGUUGGAGGAGGAGGCGGAGGAGGAGGAGGAGGCGACCGAUAGUUGUCGUAAGGGUCAGCGUCGGUUGUUGCCCUGGCCCCUUAACGUUGCUUGGCCCGCUCGGUUAUUGCUCCCCCUCCCUCUAUCAUUUUAGAAUCGCGAUUUCUGUUCAACAUCAACACUCCGCGAAACCAUUCCUUCCUCUCCUUUCUCUUUGGUGCAAUUCCACCCGCCUGUGCGGCAUCCUUGCUCUUUUUGCUCCCGGUCGAAAAGUCGACCGUCUUCGAAGGGCGAACGACGACAACGAUCACGACGACAACCGUCCAACACCGAACACCAACCAGCCAAAUUAACCAUCGACUACCGAUGAAUGAAAAGAAGGAAUAUUUGUACGAAUGAUUAAAUGCAUCAGAGGUGGCGGAGCAAUGGAACCUAAACGACAGCUAAAUCAAAACCGGAGUUAGACUCCGGUGUACUCUGGUUCCGUUAAGAGAGGCGAGAUGAAAGUCAGUCGGAACGUGAAACAGCCAGAGCAGGGCGCAGGUCAGUCAGAGCGUGCGACCAUCAACAUCGACGAGUGUUACAGUUUCGAACACAUGGACAAGGAUAACAGAAUGAGAAUCAGCGAAGGAAAUCCUGUGGAGACCGCUACGCUUUCUUCGGAAUCGAUGACCACUUCCACCGGAAGCACGGGCGACGAUUAUCCGGCGAUUCCAGAACCGCCCAUGCCUCGCACGCCAUUCACCGUCGAGGACUGUGUUUAUAGAGGCGAAGGGAAUGCUAACGUCGUCAUUGCGCUGUCACGAGAGCACAAGGUAAUUCGAUUCCGGAAGUCGUUGCCGGACGAUGUUCCACCGGAUGGCGGCAAACAACGCGCCGAACGAGAACUGGAAUUCGUGAGGUGCGUGGCUUCCUGCUUUUUAGGGCCGUACGCACAGAUCCCGGAGAUUCUUCGCUACGACGAGAAAGACAUCGCCAGGCUCACGGAAACCAUUCGACCUCUUCGACCAGAUAAACGCCGCCAUAUGGACGUUACCGAAUGUUAUGCCACUAAAUUCCCGGAUUACACUCUCCUUCGAACAAAAUGCGAUCCUAACAUAUUUCGAAGCAAGACGACGUUUUGCGUGGAAAUUAAACCGAAGCAAGGAUACUCGAGGGACACCGAUUGUAAAUUUCAAAAGUGUCCCUACUGUUUGGCUCAGUAUUACAAGUUAGAAAAGGGGAUCGUCACAGCUCGCAGUGCUUAUUGUCCGUUUGACCUAUUCUCGGGGGUGGAGGAACGCAUGAAAUCGGCAUUAAAAGGUCUCCUAGCGUCUCCGCAAAAUAAUCUGAAGAUUUUUAAAAACGGCAUAGUUGUUUACGAUCAAGACUCAUCUUCUAGCGAUCUCGAAUACGUGUUGGAGGAAUGGUUUCACGAUUCCGUGGCUUCCACGAGCAAAGAAUACGUUGACAAAUUCUUGGAUUUAAUCUGCCGUGCUGUUUUACGUUCGUUCGCCAAAGAGGAGUUCAAGCCAUCUUCCGACCACGAUGUAUGCUCGUCUGCUCAAAAAGAUCUCGAAUCGAUCUCAUAUAUUAAUCCAGAUAUAGUUGCAAAGGCUAAGAAGCUUCUGUAUUUCGCUGACAAGGCGUGUGACACGAAAGGUGCAAAUUUACCAAAGAAUUGCGUACUAGAGCGGAUACUCCAUAUGCAGAAGUUACCUUUUAUCAGUUCCGAACACGUUUUCAACAUAUAUUCAAAAUUUCGUCCACUAUUAACCGACGACGUGAUAUUUUCCAAUUUAAUAAAAACGCAGAAAUGUUCUAAACAUCGGAUAUCCUCGUAUAAAUCUACGAAUAACGUCAUGGAAAACUCGAAAAUGACGCGGGAGUUUUAUUCGAAAACACAUAUCAAAGAUGAUGGGCCUAAAGAAAAUGUUCCACAUACACCAAAACUAACCUUGUUGCCUAUGUACUUGGAAGAUACUAAUUUAUCGCGUGAUCAAUCUAACGUGAUGCAUAUCGGGGCCAAUAUAUAUUGUAACGAAAAAGGAACGAAUUGUUUGCUUACCAUCGAGGAUGUAGUAUGCUUACAAAAUUAUCUUUUGUUCUCAUGUGCCAGGGAUUGUUCGAUAUUAAUUGCAUUUCGACAACUAAACACGGAUACAGAAUCGUCAGUCCUUGACGAAGGUGUAAUAAAUCUGUCGGAUGGUCUCAGCUUUCUUUGUAAUAUCGGAGUUUCAGAUUUGGAACCGAAAAGUCUUCGUUGUAUCGAAAAACACCGUCAACGGGAUACCAAUAUUUUAAGUGCUGUAAUAUCCAUUCUUGAGAAAGAACUCAUGGCUAAAAAUCAAUAAGUUUUCUUCGAUAAACACCAGAGAUUUCUAUUACUCGACGCUUUUGCAUCUUGUAUCUCUUCUUUAAUGGAAAUUGUGUUCUUCGCAGACUUUACAAAAACGUGUACACGUACAUUCGAUUCUUAGAAUUAACGAUUAACGUUAAUCUUACGCGGAUUAACCGAUUCGUUAUAAUAUCGGAUAGACUGAUCAUAGUAUGAUGGUAUCGAUGGUUUAGAAUGUUUGCGUGUGUAUGUUGAGACAUGUGUCAUUUUAAAACCCUAAGGAUAUUACUAAAUGAUUAUUAAUUCAGAAAUUCAUAUUUUAAUAUUAAAUAGAUCGAUCUUUACACAUAAAUUUCCAUACCAGUACAAACUGUAUCAUAAAACAUAAAGAAAGAAACAGGUAUAUUCAAUUUAACAUCACGCGUAUUUAUUAUAAAAAUAUUACUAGAAAAAUGAACAAAUUAUUUAUAUAAGAUACGUAUGUGUUUUAUACAACUUAUUUUAAAAUUAUUUUACUGUAUGUAUAAAUUUAUAUGUUAAAUUCAAUUUGUAAAUAGAUUACCCACACUCAAAUAAAUGUUGAAUAUUUAAAAAAAUAAA